AAUAAUUAAACAUGUCGCACCGGGAUUUUUGCGGAUACAAUCCCCCUCCAUCAAAUUUCAAAACGUUCUUUUUGCCGAAAUACGAGGACCGUCUGAAGCGUCUUCCCAACUUUGGCAAAAUGCGCCGAGAAUGGGAAAUCGAGAAACGGCCUCUGCUCAUAAUGCUCCAUUUAUUUGCGGAUAAUUUUGGAGCUUUGGAAAAAUGGAUGGAUCUUGCAUAUCAAGUGGCAGGUGCCGACGGUCUGGGGCCCGAGAUGGACUUCUACGUGGACGACUUGUGGGCGGGUUACAUCUUCAAUGAGGAGGAUUUCUCAUUUCACCGUGGCGAUGAAGGCACUUCCGUAGACUCACCUCCUCUGAUAUACGGGGUAACGUCUCUGGGUGAAGUGCAUUUCUUUGGAGGUUUCGACGGACCCAAGACCCCCAGCUUGGUAACUCUAGGUGACUUCUGCCGAGGACUGAUUAAAGGAGGUAUCGAAGACCCCACACCCAGUGAUUCCAUUAUCACGGACAUUGACUUGACCACCUGGAACGAGAUGAUCUACUCAGUGGAUGAGGACCUAGCUGUGUGCUUCUACAACUCUCAGCAGAACGCUACAACAGUGAAUGAUAGUCUGAUGCAGAAUCUGGAACGCCUUGGAGGUCAUCUAAAGCAGGAGUCAGUGCGCCUGUGCAAAUUUGACCUUCGAGGAGGCAGUGCACCGAAGAAGUUCAGCAUCGAAUCCGUCCCCGCUCUGUUUUUCCUACCGCGCCAUCAGAAGACUAAUCCCGUAAAGUGCAAAUAUGAGCUGGGGCAAUGGUCUAUGAUAAGAUUCGUGGCUGAAAAUUCCAGCAAAGAGCUUAAUUUCUAUAAUCGACGGGGGCACCGGAGACUCCAUGCAGAGUUGCUUGCCCACAUGAGGGAGUUCUUCCGUAUCAAUAUUGAUAGUUCCUAGAAAUUCUUUGGAAAAAAUAUAUAUAAUCGAUAAUCAAACACUUCUACUACUAGCCAUUGUGUUUUACGACCAUUUUGAGGGGCGGAGAUAAAGAAUAUAUGACUAACAAUACAUUUUUUCAGUUGUCCAGCAACCUUCAAAGUGAUCGCACAGUCUAGUAACAUGUCACGAUUUAUUUACGAAACUAUUUACACUCUGGAAAGCCCAGGCGAAUUAAAUUGUUGGGAAAAAUACCAUUAUUUGGAUAAAUUGGAGGAUCGCCUAAAGCGCAUUGGCGACGAACAAAAAAUGAGACUCGACUUUGCAACCAAGAGACGGCCUCUACUAAUAAUGUAUCAUGUGUUUGAGGACUACACUGAUCUUUUGGAAAAGUGGUCGGAUGUGGCAUAUGAACUGGCAGACCCGGACAAUUUGGGAAAAGAAAUGGACUUUUACGUGGAUAAAUAUACCUUCAUGUUGAAUGAACCAGAGCAAUCGUUUAUUCGUGGACCCGAUGGACGUACCCUGGAUAGAGCUCCACUAAUAUACGGAGUAACUACUCACGGCGAAUUGCGCUUCUUUGAUCGGAUCGGGGAAUCCCAGGAACCCAACAAGGCCACUCUACUUGACUUCUGCCGUAAACUGAUUAGUGGAGUCCGAACGUAUCCCGAUGUCAAGGACAUUGACUUGACCAGCUGGAAUGAUAUUAUCAACUCAUCAGACGAGGACAUAGUUAUUUUUUUUUACAAAGGAGGUUUUAAACCUUUCAUUGAUAGUUUUUAUCAUUUGGGUGAUCUAUUAAAAAAGGACUCAGUAAGGCUGUACACAAUGGAUAUUAAGGGAGGUGGUGCUCCUAAAAAUUUCCCAAAAGUGGAAGACAAUUGGGAUAUUUUUUUCGUACCACGAGGUCGAAGGGACAAUCCCGUUCCUUAUCGCGAUCGGAAUCUUUAUCAUUGGAGUAUGUUACAAUUUGUAGCUAAACACGCCGGUGACGAACUCCUUUUCUGUGAUAGGCUUGGUGUGAAUCGUUUUCAUGGGGAAAUUAUGGAAUAUCUUCAGGGUUCGAUACAUAUCGUCGAAACAUCCCAACGCAUCCCACUCUGCGAUUUAUUCAUACAUAAAUAUAUUUUCAAUGGAGAUCAUUAUAUACAACAAGAGAGAUAAGAUUUUUAAAUUUUCCGCCUUUAAGACGGUUGCUUUUUUAAUUAUCGAUAUAAGGUAUUCUGAUUUAUCGAUUUGGGUGAUGGGUUGGGAAAUCCAACAAAUAAAAUAUUAAUAAUUAAAACAAAUGUCAAACGAUAAUGUUUAAGCUAAUAAAGGAAACAGAUCAAUAUGCCAUAUA